AUGGCUGGCACUGAUGAAUCUGGUUAUGAUAGGUAGAAGGAGUUAAGGCUUCUUGAUGAGACAAAAGAAGGUGUGAAGGGUCUUGCUGAUGCUGGUUUGACUAAGAUUCCAAGGAUCUUCAUUCACGACAACCUUAACACUUGUUCCUCUCAUCAUGUCAAUGCUACUAUUCCAGUCAUUGACUUGGGAUCACUGCAUGAACAAGGUAACUCAUCAUCAAGGCAUGAGAUCGUUAGGAAAGUGAAAGAUGCGUGUGAGAAAUGGAGUUUCUUUUAAGUGGUCAACCAUGACAUUCCAAAGAGUGUGUUGGAUGAAAUGCUUGAUGGAGUGCGUAGAUUUCAUGAGCAGGAUUCAUAAGCAAAGAAAGAAUUCUAUUCACGUGAUAUGUCAAAAAGAGUGUAUUUCCUGACCAAAUUUGAUCCUCGCCAACUUCCCUCUAUUUGCAGAGAUAUAAUGAUGGAAUACUCAAACAGAGUCAAGAGACUAGGCCUAACUCUGUUUGAAUUGUUUUCUGAAGCAUUAGAACUCAAACCCAGUUACCUUAAGGACAUAGAUUGUGCAGAAGGGAUUUUCAUGCUUGCCCAUUAUUUCCCAUUUUGCCCUCAGCCAGAACUGACUUUAGGGGCAAGUGGCCAUUGGGAUACUAGCUUCCUCACAGAUCUUCUUCAAGACCAUGUUGGUGGCCUCCAAGUCUUCCAUGAAAAUCAAUGGCUUGAUAUCACACCUGUCCCUGGUGCUUUGAUCAUCAAUGUGGGUGAUAUGAUGCAACUAAUGACAAAUGAUGAUAAGUUUGUGAGCUCUAGACAUAGAGUUCUGCCUCCAAAAAUAGGUCCGCGAGUUUUGAUAGCAUGCUUUUUCAGGCAAGAUCAUCCUCCUGGGACUUUUAAGGUAUAUGGACCAAUAAAGGAGUUGUUGACAGAAGAAAACUCUCCAAUCUGUAAGGAUAUAACCGUAAAUGACUUGAUUACAUACCAAGGCUCCAUAGGGCUAAAUGGUGUCAAGGCACUAGAACACUUCAAGUUGUAAAGCAUGCAUGAAGAAUUUGAAGAGAAACUGGCUGAAAGUUAUGCAAGUUUGUUUUAUUUGCAGUGUGUUGAAGAAGUGAUGAGAGAUUCUGAAUUAGCAUGUGUCUUAUAUGAAUGAAUGUCAAAUAAUUUGGUUUUCUAUCUAAUAAUAAUAAGUUCAUGUAUGUCCAAAUGCCAUAGCUUGGGUAUUUAUGUAGUAUAUGAAAUAAAAACCCAAA